CCACCGCACUCUGAUUGGUGGAGCGGUCCUAGGCCUUGGGAUCCUGGAGGUCAGAGCGGCGCUCCUGUCCUGCUCAGCUUCUUAUCCCUUGGAGCUGGAGGAGCUUGGGGUCGUACGGCAACCUGAUUGCUGUAGUCAGCAAGGACCGUCAGGGCGGCUUCUGCUUCAUUCCAGCGCUACAGUCCAGGGGCUAGGACAGCUCCCGUCGUUCUCUGUUCAGCCUCACCGCCACAGCCUCGGUCCAGCAUGUUUUCCAGGGCCCAGGUGAGGCGGGUUCUGCAGCGGGUACCCGGGAAGCAGCGACUCGGCGUCUACAGGUUCCUGCCCUUCUUUUUUGUCCUGGGAGGAACGAUGGAGUGGAUCAUGAUUAAAGUGCGCGUGGGCCAGGAGACCUUCUACGAUGUCUACCGUAGAAAAGCCUCAGAAAGACAGUAUCAGAGAAGGCUGGAAGAUGCAUCAGAAACUGAACUUCAGCAGUCAAUAAAGUGAAUAUGAAACUUUA